AUGUCCUCCUCCUCAACAUCCUACUCGACCUUUCCCCCUCCUCCUCCUCCCGAAGAAACCACCACCCAAUCCAACGAAACACAAACCCCCAAGCAACCCCUCGCCCUCCCCGAAGCACCCCUCAACACCACACAACUCGACAUAUCCUCCGGCAGCACGUCCGUCAAGCUCGAUCAUCUCGGCCCGAUGGUAGUCAAUGUGGAUGGGACGCUGAGCCGGAUAUCGAAUUGGGAGCAGAUGGCGGAGAUUGAGAGGGAGAACACGGUGAGGAUUAUUGGGGUUAGGAAUCGGACGAGGUUGAGGGCUUUGAGGGAGAAGGAGGGGGGGAAGGAGGGAGGGGAGGGGAACGAAGAGGGGAAGUGA